UGGAACUCUUCCAGAACCCUCCACCCCAUGCCCCCCUCUCCUGAGACCCUUGGCAACCCCUUUACCCUGCACCUUGGACUCUAACCACACCUUAAUCCCUCUUGUCCAUCAGCAGCCAAGCCCCAGGGUGGGCCUGGAACCUCCAGACGGCGGAGGCCAGCAGGCAGCACCCAGCAUCCCUGCUCUGGGCCCCCAGGGCCCAGGCAGCAGAGCAGGCACCAUGCACAUCCCGGAAAGCCUCCAAGACCUGGCCGACAGCGAAGCUGUGCAGUUUCUCAAGAGGCCAAAGACGAUCACACGGCUCUUUGCAGGGGUCUUCUCCCUCAUCGUCUUCUCGUCCCUGCUGACUGACGGCUACCAGAACAAGACCAACUCUUCGCAGCUGCACUGCGUUCUCAACAGCAACCACUCGGCCUGCAGCUUCGCGGUGGGAGCCGGCCUCCUGGCCUUCCUCAGCUGCCUGGCCUUCCUGGCCCUGGACGCCCACGAGAGCCGCCUGGCCAGCAGCCGCUUCAAGACGGCCUUCCAGCUCUUGGACUUCAUCCUGGCUAUCCUCUGGGCAGGCAUCUGGUUCGUGGGAUUCUGCUUCCUGGCCAACCAGUGGCAGCAUUCGCCAUCCAGACACUUCCUCCUGGGGAGCAGCAGCGCCAAGGCCGCCAUCACCUUCUCUUUCUUCUCUGUCCCCCUCUGGAUAUUCCAGGCCUACCUGGCCCUCCAGGACCUCCGAAGUGACGCUCCAGUCCCCUACAAGCGCUCCCUGGACGAGGGCGGCGUGGUGCUGACCUCCCUCUCCCCGCCGGCCGCCGCCAGCCCCGUCAACGCGGCCCCCGCCGGCCCCCACAGCCUGAGCUACGGCAGCGCCGCCCUGAGCCCGUACGUGAGCGCGCCCAAGGCCCCCCGCCUGGCCAUGAUGCCCGACAGCUAGCCACCUCCUCCUGGUCAGUAAAGAGAACCCUCCCUCCAGAGGGGUUUCUGAGAACAGCCCUCUGUCCUUCUCCUGUC